CAAAUCUUAUAAAAUCCAAACCCAAUUUUUAUCCAAUUAGAUGAUAAUCUCAUCUUAAUUAAUCUUUGAUUAUUUCUUCCUCACCAAGUCCCAUUCCUUCCUCGCCAAGUUUGCCACUCUUCCAAGUCACAUUCACAACAUGUUCCAAAAUGAAGACAUUUGCCAAAAAGAUCCUAGAAGCUCCCAUGAUCAUCCAGCACAUUUCACACCCACCACAUGCAAGGUCAUUAGCCCUCCACAUCUACACCUCAAAUAUCUCAGCCCACCAAACCCUUCCUAGAUUUGCCUUAUAAAGAAGUAUUCAAAGUUCAAGAUACAUAACUUGUAAAGCGAAAAAAGCAAGGCGAUAAAACCCUCUCCAUCAAAGCUUUGAAACAAUGGCUACCAAAAAAGAAAUGGAAGUGGUGAAAGGAGUAGACUUGAAGAGGUACAUGGGAAGAUGGUACGAAAUUGCUUCAUUUCCAUCAAGAUUCCAACCCAAGAACGGAGUGAACACAAGGGCCACUUAUACGCUGAAUGAGGAUGGCACUGUCCAUGUGCUUAAUGAGACGUGGAAUGAUGGCAAGAGAGGGUACAUAGAGGGUUCUGCUUAUAAGGCUGAUCCUAACAGUGAUGAGGCUAAACUCAAGGUCAAGUUUUAUGUCCCGCCAUUCUUGCCCAUCAUUCCUGUUGUUGGAGAUUACUGGGUUCUGUCACUUGAUGAGGAUUAUCAGUAUGCUUUGAUUGGCCAGGCUAGCAGGAAAUAUCUCUGGAUACUAUGCAGGAAGACCCAUAUGGAGGAUGAGAUCUAUAAUCAGCUAGUGGAGAAGGCCAAAGAAGAGGGAUAUGACGUGGAGAAGCUCCACAAGACUCCACAGACUGACCCACCACCGGAAGAAGAAGGGCCCAAGGACACCAAAGGCAUCUGGUGGUUCAAAUCCAUUCUAGGAAAGUAAAGUAGAUAAUAAGAAUGAGAUUAUCAAGCAGAGGGUUAAGCACAUGCACAACAUAGAGCGGUACUACUGUGUUUUACCCCUUUGUGCCUUUGUUUCUGUAAAGAAGGUUCUUGUUUUUAAAUAGUCGGUUCCUGAAUUAUAUAGAAGGUGCAGAACUUUUUCUAAAUAAUUUUGAUGUGUGGUUGAAAAGGCUUUUGAAUUUGAUUGAUAAGGCUCGGAUUGUUGUU